AAUUAAAAAAAAGUAUAAAAAAUUAAUUAAUUCUCCUUAAAACUCAAAAAGAAAUAAAUAUAAAUAUAAGAUAAAAUGGCUCGUGAAAGUGACUUUAACAGAAAAAAACUCUAAAAUACUAAGAUUAGACGUGACAGAGCUAAAAACAUCAGAAAGCAAAAAAAAGCUAAUGAAUAGAAGAGAUCCCAAGAUGCUCAAAAAAAUGAGAUGAACGUUGAAGAAGUUGCUGUCUUAGAUAAGAAGGGCAGAAGAGAAUUAAGAAAAAAAUAAAUUAAGCUCGAAAAGAAAGAGCGUCUUAGAAAAUUUAGAGAAGAAAGAUAAAAUGAAAUUAAUGAAGAAUAAUGA